UACAGAAACCAUAAACACAGAGAGACUCUAGAAUGCGUUCCGGCAGGUUCUACUUUUGUCGUUGGGAGGCGGAGGCGGCGGUAAGCGGAACCCAGAAGCGCUCACCGCUGCUUCUGGCCGGGCGGGAGUCGCAGUGCAACGCGGGCGCGCCCCACGGCCCGGCAUGGAGGAACGCGGCGAUUCCGAGCCGACCCCCGGCUGCAGCGGCCUGAACCCGGGCGGCGUACCGGGCGGCGUACCAGGCGGCGGCGGCGCCCACUCGUGGGCCCCCGAGGACGCCUGGAUGGGGUCCCACCCUAAGUAUUUAGAGAUGAUGGAAUUAGAUAUAGGAGAUGCCACCCAAGUUUAUAUAGCAUUCUUGGUUUACCUGGACCUCAUGGAGAGUAAAAGUUGGCAUGAAGUAAACUGUGUGGGAUUACCAGAACUCCAGCUCAUCUGCCUUGUUGGUACUGAAAUAGAAGGAGAAGGGCAGCAGACUGUGGUGCCUACACCCAUCAGCGCAUCCCUUAGCCAUAACAGGAUAAGGGAAAUCUUGAAGGCAUCCCGAAAAUUGCAAGGUGACCCAGAUUUGCCGAUGUCUUUUACUUUGGCCAUAGUGGAGUCCGAUUCCACAGUAGUCUAUUAUAAACUUACUGAUGGAUUUAUGCUGCCAGACCCUCAGAAUAUUUCCCUUAGAAGAUGACAGCUAUACUUCCUGAUGCUUAUUUUAUUCAUACAAGAUUGGAUUUGAGACUGAUCAAUCUGCUUCAUAUUUAAUCUCAGAGAUAGUUGGGGUUGACUUCUCUGGUCCAUUCUCUAGGUUUGCUUUCUGAAGAAUAAGACUUUCCCAGAUAGAAAGAUGAUUUUUGCUCAAAAAUAUAGGGUAAUUGCUCUAGAACGUUCUUAUCUGGAGACAGUAUAAUUACAGUUAUGUUUAGGUUUAUGCCAAGGGUGCAUUCAGAGGGUUGGAAUACAUAUUUUUUCUGUCAUCCCAUAUUCAGAGCUGCCUCUUUGUUCAUUGCAGCUGCAGCUGGCUCACUGUUGAGACUGCCACCUCUUUCCCUUCCUCUUCUCUCCAUAUGCCUUUUGGCCAAUAUUGCUAGCCUGGAAUGGUAUUUCAUAUACACCUUAACUCCUUGAGGGUUUACUUCUGUCUGCUUUUUAAUUCCCCAUUUUUAAUCAGAACUAAUGGCAACUUGCAUGUCUAGGUUAACAGGGACCAGAGGAGUGCUACCUACAAAAGUAGUUGGCCUUUCUUUCCAUUUUUAUCCAUCAAGAACUUUUAUUACAUCAUACCUGGAAUAUUACAAGAGAGAUAGCAUGGGACAGGAUCAGCCUUAAAAAUGUCUUUAUUAACUAAACCCAGUUAUUCCACUUUUGUUACUCUCUCCCAAUUAAGUUGUCCAAACUAUGAUAAAUUAUAUGCACAAAGAUGUUUCAAGUGGCAUUACUAGUAAUAGCCCACAUUAUAAACUACUUAAAAGUUUAGGUCAGGAGUCAGCAAAAUUUUUCUAUAAAGGGCCAGAGAGUAAAUAUUUUAGGCUUUGCAGGCCAUGAAGUUUCUGUCACAGCUAUUCAACAAUGCCACAUGUGUAAACAGUGUGUGAACAAAUGUGUGUGGCUGUGCUGCACUAAACUUUAUUUAUAAAUGUAGGUGUCAUAAUUUGCCACCCCAAGCGUUGGCCAAACUGUUCUUUAUAAACCAGAUAGUAAAUAUUUUAGGCUUUGAGCCAUAUACAAUCUCAUCACGUAUUCUUUUUUCCUCUACAGUCUUUUAAAAAUGUAAAAACUAUUUUUUAGCUUGUGGACUAUACAGAAAUAGACCCUAGGCCACAUUUAAUCCAUGGGCCAUAGUUUGGCAACCCCUGGCCUAUGGAGAUAGUCAAUAAACAAAUAUAUGUAUAACCCAAAUUAGUAAUGCAUAUUUUGAAAAACAUGAGGAAAGGUUGUAGUAAGUAAGAAAAGCAAGAUAAAGAAGCAUAUGAAUAGGUAUGAUUAUGGCUGCAAAUAACAUGCUAUCAUAUAUAAUAAAAAAUGACAAAAGAAAAUUCUUAACUGUGGUUAUAGUGGGAUAGAAGGGCAGUAUAUGGAUGACUUUGUAUUUUUGCAAUAUUUCAGUUUUUAUUUGGUCUGUUUAGUUUUCUAAUAAAAAUGUUUUAAAAUAA